AUGGUCGCUGCCUACGGGCGAGGAGGGCACCCAGGCAUUAUUGGACUGGAUGAUUUUGGUAGCUGGAUGGAAGACAACUUCAACAUAUUCGCCACCCUGCAUCGAGACAACGUCUUGGAACCGGCCACGAUUGAUUGCGCCCUUGAUGCCUGUCGGGACAUGCUUGCUGUGCAUACGCUUCCACCAGACUCCUGGAUCCAAUGGGUUGCCCUCAUUAGACACCACAUCAAUCCUUUCACAAGAUACUUUGACUACCCGUAUGAUGUUCAGCAUUUGAUUGAAGAUGGAAAUAGCAAUGCUCAGGCCAGCACUGGAAUAUACGAGGACGAGUAUGGCAGAUACGGAGGAGGCAGGUCGCCAUCUCCAGACUCCGAUAUGCCUUCUAUCAUUCGCGCAUACUAUCCACCUUGA